AAGUUGAGCAUUUUUUCUGCUUAUUAAUAUACCGCUAUUUUAACAGAGAAAAAAACUCUUUCUGGUAUAGGCAGUAAAUACAUUUUACCAUAACGGUUCCCAUUUCCACCUAAAUAAAAUUGCCCGUGGAGGUACACUCCCUGCGGGAACUUAGCCGAACUUUUCAUAGCCGGUGGUUUUAAACAAAAUGUGACGGUUUUGUGCACGAGUUUAUAACAUAAAUUAUAUUUAUACAGUUUUUCAGUGUUGGUUUAUGCAGACGCUUCUGCAGCCUCUGACAGUUCUAGCCUGCCUGGAUCCCCAGCAAAUGCUCCUUCUAUUAAAAGCCUUGCCACUGAGGGACAGCUGAACAUAUUUGAGUGUAUAUGUGAAGCAGUCAGUAACUGUUCACUCAAAGCUAUCCUCAACUGCUUUUACAUAUUCUUUACCUCCACUGUUGGAGCUGCUCGAAGGUUGCCUCGGCCUGAAAAAGGGAACCUCAAGGAUUACAAGCUUGUGUGCAUGACACUGUUUUGCCUGCUUCAGCAUUGACUUGACCAACUGCACUUACUGUGGUGGGUCACUCUUCAGACUGAUGUGGAAUGCAACCUCUGGCGACCCCCUUCAACAAGUGUUCAUUCAGUGAGCAGCACUGGGAAGAGCAAGGAUAAAAGACAGGAGGUGAUACAAAAAAAGAGCAAGCAACAACAGCAGGAGCAGAUCACUUGAGUCAGGGCCCUUGGGUGGGAGUUGGACUUAAAGCAAAAAGGAACGUGUAAGAAAAGCAUCAACACAAAAUACCUUUUUUUUAUCAAGAGCUGGACAUUUGGAAGAACCAGGGGGUACAGACCAUUAGCCUCUGUUUCACCCAUUUUUCAAGUGCUCACUUUCACAUUCACUGACCUAUACCCAACAUGCCCGUGGAGACUCUUCGUCCAUCAGAUGGCCGUCUGUCUGGAACACCUUUUUCCUCAGCCAUGCCUCUCAGAAUCUUAAACAAGGGCCCAGACUAUUUCCGCAGGGUUCCUGAGACUGGCGUACGCAAGCUGAGCGCUGUCGAGCGUCUGGAGGCUGAUAAGGCCAAGUAUGUGAAGAGCCAGCAGGUGGCUCUCACCAGGCAGGAGCCCAUCAAGCCCCCAGUCAUUCGCAAGCCACUGAUGUCUCCGGGCAUGAUGCUGCACACACCACCGGCCAGAAAAGUUCCACGCAGACCCUCAGACACAGAAAACGGGGGACAGGGAGCAUGCAGGGCAACACCGCUCAAUCUGGAUGUCCUGAGCAACCUUAUUAACAUUGCUGAUGGGCCCCAACCCUUGGCCCCUACCCCUAACUCCCCCUCUUCCUCAGCCAUGUCUGAGCAGUCAUCAGAACCUCAGCAAAGUUGUGGAUUUAAUGGGCAUUUUCUGUUGAAGCCUUCUUCAUGUACUUCCUCUUCUUUCAACAGCCACAUCCAGCCUUCUAUUGCUUCUCCUACUCCAGAGCCAAGCCACAGGCCUCCCCCUGUGCCAGCCCGAGUUUACAGACUCCCUGCACAGGGCAAUUACAGCAGCCCAAACCCUGUGACAGUGCGACGGGUCGAUGUGCGGCCACAAGCGGAGAUCAGGAAGCCCCAGAGGAUGCCGCUACCAGCUCGGUCCAAACCUCUACAACCCCAGCCUAAACCCAGACAGACCCCACAUCCCCAGGCCCCACCCCCCCACACACCAUCCUUCAAAUCCCCAUCCCUCCCCUCACACUCUCCAUCAUCCCCCUGCCUACCAUCCAGCCCCCUGUUACUACGAGCAGGCAUGCUCCCCCCAGCCUCACCAGCCUGUACCCGCUUGUCCUCUGCAAGCUCGCGGGGCUCAACGCGCAGGCGUCCCUCACUGCACCGGUCCAAAUCAGACCUGAGUGACCGGUAUGCACGUGCCAAUGCUGACCUAGAGCGCUUCUUCAAUUACUGUGGCUUAGAACCCAGCGAGUUGGAGGGUAUGGGCAUGGAACAUUUUGGACGUGCCAAUUCUGAAAUCGUCUCUAUUUCAAAGCUGCGCAGUGUCAGCACACCCAGCUCUGAGUGUGGAGAUGAAGGGCACGGUUACAAGGAAGAAGAAGAUGAUGAUGAAGACGAUGGUCCUCCAAGACCCAGUGAACGGGUUCCCUACGGUAUUUCGGUCAUUGAGAGAAAUGCACGUGUCAUCAAGUGGCUCUAUGGGAUCCGACAGGCUCGUGACUCUCAAAAUAUUUCCAAUGUAUAGUUGCCUCAGUGAAACACCAAAUCUGGUGAGAAGGAAAAGAAUGGGGAAAGAACAGAUCAAACAUGCCCCAUAAUAAUGAUGUCUUUUUUACAUGCAAUAUAUUUAUUAUGUUUUUUGAGACUCUUGAAGAUAUUUGUGUUUGUAUAUUUGUGAUCAGUAUGGAGUAUUCUCUAUUUGCCUUACAGUAAGCUCAAGGAUAUUGGUUCUUGUACAUUUCAUUUGUUAUAUUAAUAUAGAUAUUUUGUCAUGACAGCCUGUUGUUGUUUCUUUUGGCUGUGUUAUUUGGGCUGUGAUGAUUUACCUCAAAGAGAAAGAAGACUGAAACAAGCUUUAGGUUCUCUGCACAUUGACUCAGAAAAUGAAAGUCAUUUAAAGCAAUAAUUAAAGUACUAGAUACUAAGAGCCAUGAGAGUGUGAUUGAAUGGAUGACAAUGACAGUGAUGUGAUGAACACAGAAAUAUUCCAGCUGUUGUUAAUGCUGAUAAUCAGGUACUUUAUUUCAGAUUUAGUCUUUUCUGAAAUCAAGUAUGCAUUGAUAUAGAAACUGUGGCUUCCUAUAUGUCAAGAGAACAAUUGUAAGGGCUUAACAAGGUACUGUUUCAGAAAGUUAGCACAGCUUUAUGAGAUCCCACAGUCCCCCAGUGACAGACAGAGAAGUCGCAGCAAGCCACAGCUAGACUUGGGUCUAGAAUAAAGACUAGGACUAGGAAGCACAAAAUGUUUAGUCAGCAUACAUUACAAUAAGACAUGAUCAUAUAUACACACAGAUACAAAGAUGCAUGCACUCAAUGGAACUUCGGCACACUGACUACUGGUCACUGUGCAAGAGUUGUUUCAUCAGCGUCUGGUGUGAAUGUGUUCAAGAGACAAAAACGGGUGUGUUGAGAUACGGCACUAGUGAAGUGCAAGACUCGAUGAUACUGUGAAGGAACUUCGAGCAGCUUUAAACAUGUUCCUUUAAACGUCUUUUUAAACAUGGCUGUGAUUUUGUCAGCAUGUACAAGCUUUUGUUAGCAUGCACGCUUUUAUGUACAGGUGAUGUAUGAAAUGCCAUUUAGUAAAGCACAGACACAACAGAGAUACAUUCCAGCAUUAAUGUUCAAAGACAAUUUUUGGGUUUUAUUUUUUGUGUUGUUAUUUGUGUUCACACAGCACUAUUUCUCCCUGUCAUAUAUCAUUUGUAAAAUGGGUGCAAGAGGUUGAUGUGAAAUAGCCUGAGCGAGUAGGAGACCAGAAAUCUCAGAUAUAAAAACAUACUCAAAUCUCUUUUCUGUGGAGAUGAAUGCUUGAGGUUGUGAAAUGGAAAUGUUACAUUGAUGGAAGUGUGUAGUAAUGUGAACUGUAGAGACAGAGCUGUUUUUCACAUUUUCCUUCUGCAUUUUUUUUUUUUAAUUUUUCACCAAUAGUGUAAUGUUACAAAAGCCGCAAGCAUUCAGGGUUUGCUUGCUUUUUUGUGUGUAGUCUAACUUUUUUACAUGCUUAUUGUCAAAAGUAAAUCACUUGCUAAUAUUGCCUGUGUAAAAAUCAUACAAAUAAAUACACUUAGCCAUGUUCUCUGGGCAAUGAAGUAUGACCAGGGUUGUGUGGUCAGCCUACUAAGUCAUUAAAGACUGAAUUUCUGAUGUCUUCUAAUGAUCUUAAUAAAAAGAAAAUGUUUUGAAAAAA